AUGAUAAAUUCACUUAGAUCACAUUUUAUGAGAAUCGUAUUUUGCGUUGGUUUAGUAGUUGUUUUAAAAAACUUAUUUUUUUUUUUUUACUGGUUACUUAAUUAUUUAAAAUCUAAAAUAUUUGUAAAAAAGUUGAAAAGUUACGGAAAUACAGUUAUAAUCACAGGUUGCACAGAUGGUAUUGGUAAAAGUUUAACUUAUUCUUUAAUAAAACAAAAUGUAAAUUUAUUAUUAAUUAGUAGAAAUGAAAGUGAAUUAGUUAAAAUAAAAAAAGAUUUGUUAGAAAAAAAUUCUAAUUAUAAAGGGAAUAUUGAUAUUUUAACUUUUGAUUAUAAUGAACAUAAUUUUUCGUCAUAUAAAAUAAUAGAAGACAAAAUAAAAAAUUUAGAUAUUGGAAUUUUAAUUAAUAAUGUUGGUGUUUCUUAUCCUCAUCCAUUAUAUUACUAUGAAAUGAAUACGGAAUUAAUAGAACAAUUAGUAAAUGUCAAUUUAUUAUCUUCUUAUUUUAUGACAAAAUUAGUUUUACCUAUAAUGAUAAAAAAGAAAAAAGGAUUAAUUUUAUUUACAUCGAGUGGAGUAACAGCUUUGAAAUCAUGCCCAUUAUACACUAUAUAUUCAUCAGUUAAAGAAGCUAUUUGUUCUUUUGCUAAUUCAUUAAGUGUUGAAUUAAAAGAACACAAUAUAGAAGUACAAUGUCAUAUUCCAUUAUUUAUUGUAACAAAAUUAUCAAAAAUAAAAAAACCAAGUCUGUUUGUGCCUUCUUCAGAUAAAUACGCUAAAAGUGCUAUACAAAAAAUGAAAGAAGGAAAUGUCUUGUUUUAUAAUGUUAUAUCAUCUCCCUAUUUUUUUCAUAAAAUUCAAAUUUAUUUAUACAAUUGUAUACCAAAAUUUCUUUUUGAUUCCAUUUCACUCUUAUCUCUUAAAAUUGUUAGACAAAAGGCUUUAAAAAAAAUGAAGAAAAAUGAAUAA